GGCAGCAAGUUCGACUCAGCAAAAACCGGCGCAGGAGAAACCCAAAAGUUUUAUAAAAAGUAUUACAGUAGCCUGUGGAAGCUUCUUCGAAGAAAGAUAUCUUUUGUAAUUAGUUUUGCCUCAUUUUAACGUGGUGGUGUUAAUUUGUUAAAUUGGUACACGCUGUACAAUAAAAAAGGUUAUCAGCUGUAUAAUUGAUUGUUUUUUCACGCGGUCAAGGAAUCGCGAUUAGAAAUUACGUUUUUCCCAUUGCAGAACUGACGAGACCGCGUGUGCGAUAGGUUGAUAAUUGUUACACAAUUUCGUUUUAUUUUUAUUUCUUCGCUCCAUGUUAUCAAACGGUCCCGCGAGAACCACCGGGCAACGCGAUGACGUAUGCGACUACUACGACCACCCGGAAAAUACCGCAAAUUGCGGGAAAGAGAACUGCAUCUUAACGAAAACGAGAUACCCCGAUGGAACAGUUAAACUCAGAAAUCCCCACAUUGAGCUCAUGGACCAGGAUAUCUUGUACCACUUGGCUCUGGGCAGCGAGUCGCACGACCUCGUCGAGAUGUUUGGGGAUACCAAGUUCGUGUGCAUGGGAGGCACCCCCAAGCGGAUGGAGACCUUUGCCCAUUACAUAAUGAAAGAGAUCGGGUACAAGUUGCCCACAGGCACCGCGCUGAUGGACAUCAGCCAGUACUCGUACCGGUACAGCAUGUACAAAGUGGGUCCGGUACUGUCGGUCAGCCACGGCAUGGGCGUACCCUCCAUAGGUAUCCUCCUCCACGAGAUCAUCAAGCUCAUGUAUCACGCCAAAGUCAAGGAUCCGAUCUUCUUCCGAAUCGGUACCUGCGGAGGUAUCGGCAUCGAAGCCGGCACGGUAGUAAUAUCCGACGACACCGUCGACGGCAUGGGUAACCACCACUACGAGGUGCCCAUGUUGGGCAAAUUGGUCAAGAGGCCGGCGAAAUUGGACAAGCGCUUGGUGAGGGAGCUGAAAGCGUUGGCCGACCCCGAGGACCCCUACGAAACCGUCACCGGGACAACCAUGUGUGCCGACGACUUUUACGAAGGUCAAGGUCGCACGGACGGCGCGUUCUGCGACUACUCGGAAAAUGAAAAGCUCGAAUACUUGGAGUCGCUCCAACGCAACGGCGUGAAAAACAUAGAAAUGGAGGCGGUACCGUUCGCCGCCCUCACCCAUCACGCGGGUAUCAGAGCGGCGAUUGUCUGCGUGGCGCUGCUGAACCGAUUGAAAGGCGAUCAGGUGUGCUCUCCGAAGGAAGUGAUCAACGAAUACCAGCAAAGGCCUCAAGCGUUAGUGGCGCGUUACAUCAAAAAGUACCUGCAGACCAAGGGACGCCUCUCUUCGUUCGAGGGACACGGUUCAAUCGCGGUGAAGAGCCCCAGGAGGUUCAAGCUGGUGCAGCAGGAAUCGCAGACGUUCGAAUAAUACCGUAUACCGUUGAUUUUUAUUGUUUUUUGUUAAGGGCAAUAUCAAAAACGGCAGAUGGCAGAGCUGCGGAUUUCGUUUCUUAGUAAAUUAUUUUAAUUAUGGGGUUUUAAGUAGCUGGGGCAGGGAACAGCACAAAAGUAUGCGCGUCUACACCGUCGUAUAUCCGUGCAAUCUGCCACGUUUCGUUUCACCUAACCUCAUUCUUUUCUUUCAUGGAUGAUAUCAUUAAUUUUUAGGAAAAAGCCACUAGCUUGGCAACACCGCCAUUUAUUAAUUUUUGAAGCGUUUCUAUAUUUUGCGUGUUUUAAUAGAAAUGCGAUGUUGCCAAGCGUGCGGUGCGUUAAAAUUUAUCAUUAAUAAAUUGUUGGGGGGGCAUCGGCGUGGAUAUACGGCCGGUACGUCACGCUCACUAUUUUAAAUUUUGUAUUUUUAGGCAAAAAAAAAGUUGUUGUCUAUACAGUUAUCGUUAACCGUACGUAAGGAUUUUUAGGUACAUAAGGGCUAUCUAGGAACUUUUUCCGAUACUGUAGCGUGUUGUUUUUGUUAUCUAGACGUUGUAAAAUAUGGCGCCCAUUAACCGAUCCCGGCGCGCGGAACCACUGUGUACAUUUUCAUCCAAACAUAUCAAAAAAAAAAUUCUAGGUUUGGAACGCAAAAUUGGUAUUUGGUUACCUCAGGAAGCGACAAUACAGAGCAACAAAGCUUUAGUGAAAUCCAAACAACGACCCCGUGUUGACACGUCGUUAAGAAAUUAAAUGUUUCGUCGAUGUUUGUUACCUGUUGCGAUUGUAUAUCUUUUUGUAUUGGCCGGCCGACGAAGAAAAUUGUCACCGGAUCGCAGAGAUAAGCAAAAUCAGAAGCGAUACUUUCCGUAUGACGCGUAGGGGUCAGCGGACAAUAGACCACCUGCACAUUUGUAAUUAAAAUAAAAAAUCUACGAAAAUAAGUGAAAAUUUUAAGUUAAAACGCAACAAAGCACAAUUUUUUACUGUUCAAAAAUCUAAUUUAUGACGGUUGACGGAAAGUUCCCGACUUUCGAAUCCCGCUUCUGAUCUGAUCUUAUUCUGCGACCGUAUUAACGAUCUGAACUGAACUAUUCCCAACGUUUAUGACUAUUUUCGUACUAUCGGUGUUAACAUAAGAUACGAAGCUUACAAUAGUUGAUAAUUUCUCAAAUAUAUGACUAUAUAGCCGUUUUUAUAUAAUUUUCUAAUAUUGUGCAUUAUCUGGCCAUUGUUAUAGCCUUCGAUGUAAACGUGAAAAAUAGGAUUAAUCCGACAUAUGUUUGCCUUUAAAAAAAAAAGAAAAAUUUAACUUCGCAUUAACAUUU